UGUAGCUCACCCUCAAUAUAUUAAGGCUCAAAACUAUAAGGUUCUGGAGAUCGGUAGGUUGGAGUUCAAAUCCCAGCCGAGUCAUACCAAAGACUAUAAAAAUGGGACCCGUUUCCCUCCCUGCUUGGCACUCAGCAUCAAGGGUUGGAGUUGGGGGUUAAAUCACCAAAAUGAUUCCCGGGCGCGGCGCCGCUGCUGCCCACUGCUCCCCAAGGGGAUGGGUCAAAUGCAGAGGACAAAUUUCACCACAUCUAGUGUGUGUGUGACAAUCAUUGGUACUUUAAUCUUAAUCUUUAAUCAUCAUUUGUCCCACGUAAUCUUUGAUGGCUCUAACGAAGUCUGCUAUGAGUUGCAGUGUUUGUUGUUGAAGAAAAAAGUGAACAUUGUGAUGCCUCUGUGAAACUAAUUCGCCGCAGAUGCUUAAAAUGAGCAAAUUACGUAAAUAUUACAUGUUAUUAUGAAUGAACCUGUUACUACAUUACAUGACGGAGAUAGAUAUCUACAUAUAUCCAUAUUUAAGAGUUAUUUCUUUCUAUAGUCAUGUUUGAAAUAACUAGUGUUUUCUCUUUGUGCUCUUUCUAUUUUUUCUCCAUCUCAUGACCGAUGGUACACUUUGAAUUACCUUGGGCUUGGAAUGUGCGAAGUGGAAGUACUCCUUUUCUUAUCGUAUCCUGUCUCUUCUCAGAGUAGAACAAAUGACUUGUGUAUUACUUCUGGAGGGUGGGGGCGAGGGACAUAUUGAAGAACACGGCACUUACGUGAGGUCUUUUAGAUCAACUUGGCUACGCAAUUGAAUGUGUUGUUCUAGGCUGGUCUCUAUCUUCAAAGCUUUGAAAAUAAAUUACAAAAUACCUAUUCUGUUCUGGUGAUCAUUUAAACUCAGUUUAUGUGUCAUCAAAAGAACUUGGGAUUGACCAGUAACUUAAAUUCCCUUGGAGGAACAUCUGGUCCAAACGCAACAAUUUACAUACAGUGUGUAUAAAAUACAAUGAUGGAGGCUUCUGGUUGUUUUUUAGGGCACUUUAUAGUCGGAAUAGAGCAAAUCCCAUUACCUCGAUUGUUAGCUGACUUUUGCUAGCAUUCAUUUACUAGUUAGAAUGCAUAAAAAAAAGAAAAACAUACAUGUUCUUGUCUUACAUAAGGAUUGUGAAUUAUAGGCAUUUGUUUUUUUGAAGCGCACGUCCCCGUUGAAGUGAAAGAAAGUAACUAAAAAGAACAAAAAUAUAACGUAUUUUCCGCUGAGGGCGCAAUAUAAUUAAUCAUUAUUGGGAGUGCGUAUGUAACCACGAAAUGGCCUAAAACGAGAACCACACGUAUGGAUUGAUGGUUGUAAGGACAGGAGGAUGGAUGGACAGAUCCAAAAUCCAACAUUAUUUUAUUGAGAGAGACUCAAUAAAAUAUGGAUGGAUAACAGAAGGACAAAUGGAUAGAAGGACACUAAAAAAAGAAUGUAUGUGCGGCAGCUCGGUAGUUUUGUGUUUCUUGCUCUAUUUUUGAUAACCACAUAAUGACAGAGUUGCUGUAUAUGAAAGUCGCCUCCCUCUCCAAUGGCUUAUAUAAACCUCUUCCUUUCUCCACGGGACCUCCUCGCUGGAUUCCUUGGAAGAUUCUAUUCUACCUACCGAAGUAUACCUACCGCCUACCUUCUCCGCCACCGAGCUCUGCAGAAACAUGGACAACUACUCGUACAACUUCCCCUCUGACUGCACACCUCUAACCAACUGCAAGUCUGCCCGGAAACCAGCCGGUUCCACCGUGGUCAACAUGGGCCACAUGGGCAAGACCCCUCCUCGGGACUACCUGUUCUGGUCCCUGUGCAACACCUUGUAUGUCAACUUCUGCUGCCUGGGAUUCAUGGCGCUCCUCUACUCCAUCAAGGCUCGGGACCAGAAGACUCAGGGCAACCUGCAGCUGGCCCAGGAGUGCUCGGACAAAGCCAAGUGGUACAACAUCCUGGCGGCUGGCUGGAACCUGAUGAUUCCUCUGCUGGCCGUGGUGCUGCUGGUGCUCCUGCUGGUCCACCUGGGUUCCUCGCAGGGCUCCUUCGACUUCCUGGGAGAAGACGGAUUCCAGAACUUCCUCAAACUGUUCAGUUGGUAGACGGUGCGCACGAAAAAAACACCAAGGCAAUUUGAUUUCAUCCGACACAAAAAUUACACUUUCUUUUUAUUUAUUUUAUUUAUGCAACAAUCAUCUUCUCCCAGCUAAUUCUUAGACUUCUUAGUUGCAUUCUUUCAUUUAAACACAUUGUAAUGGUGGUUAGAAAUGCUGAUUGAUCGCAGCCAUGUUUCCUUCACAUUUACUCAAGAACGAAGAGUGGUCUGCUUAAUCUUUGUCUGAGAGAGUUUUUUUUGUAAAUUAAUUGUAAUAUUUAAAAUUAAAGGUCCUCUAUUAUGCAAAAAAAUAUGUUUUAAUGAGGUUCUAACCAUUCUAAUCAAAUCAUGAUAGAAACUGUUUGUUUGCAUAUCAAUUAACAUACAAUAAAUUGCAGUAAAUAUGCCAGAUUUAGCACAGUGCUAGUUUAGUGAAUUUGAUUAUUUAGUUUUUCUUUUGCGAAUAUGCUAACCAAGCAUGAUAGUACAGUGCAUGAUAGCACUUUAGCACACACAGCUAUAUUGGUAUUGGUAACGUUUGUGUCCCACUCCUUAAUUUUACGGUGUUUUAUGUAUAGUUCCAGCUAUUAGGAUGACGUAGCACGACGUUAAAGUGUAAUGAUAGCGCUUUAGCAGACACAGCUAUGCUAGUAUUGUUAAUGUUUGUGUCGUACUGUCCCACUCCUUAAUGUUAUAUUGUUCUAUGUGCAGCGUUACAGUGAAUCUGCUAACCUAGCAUGAUGUUAAAGUGUAAUGUUAGGACUUUAGCACAUAGUAUGGCUAAUGUUUGUGUCCUCCUGUCCCACUCCUUAAAGUACGAGUAGAGUGGAAAAACAAGUUGUCUCUGUAUUGAAGCUAUUAUCAAAUAUGUAUCUGAUUUAUGACACCAAAAGACUUCCAAAGUUUGCGAAUAAGUAGAUAUGAUCAAAAUAGUAUCAAUCUCACAGAGAUUCCCGAGCCAUUUCGAGAGUUAAUGAGGAAGCCAGUUACGUGAUCCGUGACGUAGCGUUAGGAACCACAGACCCCUUUUCCCAUCCACAACAAUGUUAAUCAAGCAGACUUUGUGAAAGCCAACAAAGAUUACUUUAGGAAAAAAUUAUGAUUCAGAACUUUAUAUUUUUGAACCCGAACACAAGGAGGAUGUAGCUUUACUGUGACACUCUAGCGUCAGCAGUGUUGCUAGGUGCUAAACAUACAAACUAACCAUAAUAAAACAUAAUAAACCAAACACUUACCGUACAAUUUCUACUCUCGCUGGGAUGCCGACCGACGGGACGCUCACUCUGUUCAUUCUGUUUAGAUGAAGAUUCAUUUACAAUCUUCACGAAGGGGUUAAAAAAAAGUUGGCGCAAUACGUAUUUUUUGCCAUCUCGGGGGAUGUCAAAGUCGGCCAGCAUCUCAGUUCAUGGCCACAUUUGUCUACCACCAGGUUAGAGAUGCAUGAAUUAUUCUAUAUAACUAACUUUAAGCACGUUUGAGACGAAGCAGAAGCAGCCGCUGGCUCACUGUGUCAACAAUAGCAGUGUAAGCUAGCAUUAGCUAAUUGCUAUCAAUGCGCCGCUAAAAUAGGCCAUCUCUGUUGGCGCUGAUAAUAACAAAACCGCUCAUAUUUGGUUAAUUUUGAGGUCAUGACAUGUAAAUGGAGUAUUGUUGGCGGUUUCUGGAUUUUUUUAAGAGGGUAUAUUGGGCGCAAUAGAGGACUCUCGAUCUGAUGACUCAAUUGUUUGUUAUCUAUUUACGAUUUUGAAUGCAUAAAAAAAGCCAAGCAUAUGUGUUCUUGUCUUUCAUAAGGAUUGUGAAUGAUAAACAGCACAUUUCUUUCUAAUUUUUGCAUACUUCCAGUAUGACUGAUCUGAUAUUAGGAAGCGUUACUACAGUGACCUGGAAUUUACGAAAACUGCCAAAGAAAUUCGAAGCAGAAUAUUCAAAAUGGCCAACUAAAUCUGUGGCAUUUCGUGGCGUUUAGACGGUAUUUUCACAAACUUUGCGGAUUGUAAACACAUUUGAAUAUGGUUUAAUGGAUACAAUGAAACUCAAUUAAGCGUAUCAAGUCAACUUGUUUUACCACUCUACUGGUACUCCAAUGUUAUGUUGUUCUACUGUAUGUGUGGAGUUACAGUGAAUAUGCUAACUUAGCGUGAUGUUAAAGUGCAAUGUUAGCACUUUAGCACAUACUGUGUCCUCCUGUCCCAUUCCCUAAUGUUACGUUGUUUUAUGUAAUGUAUAGCACCUUUUACAUUAGUGCAUGUAAAAAGUGGAUAAAGUACACAACAGUUGUCAGGUUCAAACACUGAUGACAUCUAUUAAACAAGACAAGAAGCAAGGAGUUAAACAGAGACAGAAUUACAUUUGGCUCAAUUGAGGAGAGACGUCUGGACUGUACUAUUGCACAGACUCACCACGCUCUGGCGAAAGAUUGUACGCCUCCUCUUUUAUUUGGACUUUCCCUGAUUACAUGGCAACAGCUGUUUCUAAGGGACGGGGGUCGUAAACAGCCAUCGCCUUUGAUGACCACAGUUCAAAGAAAAGGUCCCUGGAGGGGAGUCAGGUCCUGCUUCCUCUUCGCUUUGUAGAUCUCGGGUCGAGACAAUAUCUUUCUGUUGAUUACAAUACAUGAAAGAAACAGAACACCUUCAUGUUGCUUCCCAUCCUACACAGUGGAGUUUUACAAGCCUUCUGCUUGGUAGGAUUAAAGACAGCUUUUGUCUGCUCGCCGGGAACUCAUUGAAACACAAAGUUUUGUGAUAACUUAGAUACAAUUAUUCUGACACAGUGCUUCUUGGAGACACACACUGUGGGCGACAAACACAGUUUAUUAAGAUUAAAGCUACACGUACAUAUAAUAUUACUAGUACUGUAUAAUAUUACAAAAGUAAUAAUACAAAACCUUUAUUGUAACCAACACUAAAGUCAACUUGUUGUUUUGUAACCUAUCUAUAUACUAUCACUUUGCUUCAUUUCUUUACUUUUUUGUUGUUUUUCCUAGUAAUAAUACUAAAAUUUUUUGCAAACUUGUUUUUGGGCUGUAUGGUAUUUUUGACUGAGGUAGGUCUUCCUCGCGGACUAGCCGUGAUGGAAGGGAAGAAAAGCUCUUGUGGUUCUGCCUUGAAAUGUUUUUUGUUUAAUUGGCAGGCGGGUUCGCUCUUGCUCGUUUUGUCGGGUGCUAACAGGAAGCUACUCAUGUUUUCAGUUUAGCAUAAGGUUACUUUAACAUAACCAGAAAUAAAAAUAGUAUUUUCCAGGGUGAAUUGUGGCCGUGAUAUACCUUUAUUAACCGAGCAGGCCAUGCGUACAUUUUUUUACUGUUAUAACAGAGUAAAAAGACACACUCUUCAAAAUGUAAAAGGAAAAGCCAAUUCAAGUGUUAAACAGUACGUGCAUGGCGGCGGUUCAGACUACAAAGAUUGUUGCGAUUUUAAAGUCAUUUUUUUCCAUUCAAAAAGUUAAGCAAUUUCACCGCAACCUUGCUUUUAAAUGCUGACCCUUGCCAUGGUAACUAUUCCUCCCUUACUAUCAACGGACCAGCCAGGACACCCCACAAACGGCAGUUGAUGAUUUUUCUGUAUUCCAGAAUCUUUUCUGUAGCUUUUCAGUAUUUUCUAUGCAUGAAUGUUUUACAUAUUCCAUUAAGAUGAUAUUACUAUAAACUGCAUGUACAUAUUAUAUUUAUCACGUUGUUCAA